GUCGUAGUGUUAUUCACGAGUUACGCGCCGUUGUGUUCCGUAGCGUACUGCUGGUUUUUCCCGCGGCACGUCCUUAACGCACAGAAUAACACAAUAAUAUUAUCGUCUUACUACACGUCUGGCCGAUUUUGCGCGCGCUAUCGUUAGCACCUAUUGUUUUUGCAGCAUAUUUCCGAGCGUACCUUGUUGUUGGGGUAUUUGCCUGUUUCUUUUUUCUUUUUCAUUUAUUUCUCAGUUUCUUUCCGAAUCUCGUAUCCCUCGUCACUCGGGGGAAAACCGCGAUUUUUCGAAUUCGUUCACAUUUUUCCCUUUCGACGCACCCUCACGGGAAUCCGUCGACUUCUCUUCCUCUUUGCGUGGACAUCUCAUUAAACGGGGACAACGUUUCACGCGGAAACCCGGUGAACGGAAACCCCGAUCAUCACCGUCGUUGACAUUGUAUGAUGUUGGCCCGGCGCCGCAGACGCCGAUACCGACGAGACAACUCUACGAUUACGGCCAUCAGGAAGAGCGCGAGUGGGAAGACUAUUACAAUCGGUGGAGCAGCAGCAGCAGCUACAGCGCUACAGAGAACGAGUACCGGACAAGGACAGAGGACUACGUCGGUACGCGGACACAAUGACGACAACUGUCGGGCUCCUGUCGCCACUGUUGCCGCCGUCGGCGGUCACGCCGGCCGUUGCCGAGGAACACCAGCAACAGGAUUAUUAUUACGUGCCCCAGCCGCAGCCGACGCGCGUCGUUCGCAUGAAGAUGUGGAAUGACGAGGACGACGACGACGAAGACAACAGUUACGGCGCCGAGGACAACUCGACGGUGAGAAUCGUUAAUAUUUUCGGUUAUUUAUUUUAUUUUUUCCACCGAUUAUUCACCUCUAGAAGUAAUAUUGUUUAUUUGAUCAUUGGGGGGGCGGGGGCUGCAAAGGUGUCUCGAACCGCGCGUAACGUUGUUAGUCAAUACCGCCUUUUAGUUGUUCAUUGUUUUUUUUUUCUACUACGACACCCGGGAUCGUGUAUUAUUUAAACGCGCAUUUACCAGAGAGUCGUACGUACGGGAUUAACCGAAAUGACGUUCGGUCGGGGAGAUACUGUUACGGGGGCGCGCGCGCGUGUACGAAGAAUACGUUACGACGAGCGUACGAAACCCGUGGCGAUUCAAAGUUCCCGCCAACUGCCGCGCCGCCGCCGCCGCCGACGCCGCCGCCAGGCGGUUGACAACGGUCCGUGCCGUAGACAUGUGCGCGGGACGACACGAAAUAUCGUGUAGUAUCGGUUCUUCCGUUAUCGUUUUGUCUACCGCGCAUUUUUAUUCAACAAAAAUUUAAAAAAACAAAAAAAAUCAUGCUAUUCCAGUAUAUUAUAAUGACGAUGCCAGUAAUAAUAUAACGACGAAUACGUUUUCGUCUACACGUAUUGUUGUACUACUAUGACAACGGGGACGGUCAUAGUUGGUUUGUAAUUGUUAUAUUUUUCUCGUUUUUCCACCUAUUUACUAUUACUUGCCGUUUUUUUUAAUUUUUAAUUUUUUUUUUUUAACACCUAUUAUAUAUUAUUACGAUACUUACAUACAUACAGAAAAUUAACAAUUUUCCGAUAUUUCUUUUAAUGCGUAUAUAAAAAAAAAAAAGUGUGUCACGUAUUAAGAGAUAUCCGAAUCAAUAGGUACCUAUAUCGAUUAACCACUCGAAAACGGUUUUUUUUUUUUUAUAAAUAAUUUAAUUUAAUUUUACAAGUACACCCGUAGGUAUAAUAAUAAUAUCAACGAAAAUAAUAUAUCGCGAUCGUGGAAACGUCGCUGAAAGAAAAAAAAAAAAAAAACAUCCGCGGUAUUUUAGAUCGCGCGAUUACCCGGCGGGGUAGGUACGUACCCCGUACGUAACGCGGGUUGGUCGUCGAGUAUUUCGUAAUGAUAUCUCCUCGAUCGUGAUUUUUUUUUUUCCUGUCGUUUUCCUUCCCCGAGCGACGACGUUACCCCGCGGGCGCGACGCAUUAAUAAACCCGUCGGUCGGCCCCGGAAAAUACCCCAACCCAAAAGGGUGGGGGUGGCGGAUAGUAAUUGUUUUCUCGUUUUCCCGAACGCUUCGGGGAGGGGAGGGGGAGGGUGAGAGGUUGCCCCUCGCGAAUAAAAUAUCGGUAGUAUGCGCAGGUACGAGUUUUCGGUUCUUUUUGUAAUUAUUAUUAAUUAUCAGCGGUGGUCGUGGUAGCUGCGGCUGCUGCUGCUGCUGCCGUGUCGGCGGCGGUGUAUUCCGUCCAGCGCAUUAUGAUUUUAUUCCGUAUGAUUUUUGCAAAUAGAAAGCAACGUAUAUUUUUAUUGUUGUUGUUGUUGUUGUAUAUGCGCGUAUAGGUAGGUUGGUACCGGCGGCGGCUGUUAGCGGAAGAACUAUGCGGAGAAAGUGUGUUAACAACACACGGAGCAACAGCCGCCGCGUAACGAAUAAUAUAAUAGCGGACUUUGGCGAGCGAGAGAGAGAGAGAGAGAGAGAGAGCGAGCGAGCGAGUGAGUGAGUGAGUGAGUGAGCGAGCGAGAGAGAGUGAGAGAGACGGCGACAGUGGCAGAGAGAAAGAGACUCGAAGCGAAAUCGCCAUAGUCGAACGAAUAACAUAAUAGUAAUAAUAAUAUUUUUUUUUUCUUUCUUUCAUUCCGUCCCCGUAAUAGUUUCGGCAACGUUUCGUGCCCGUGCCCAACCUAACCUACCUGCAGCGGUUUUUUUACUCGCCUAUUAUUAUUUUCGCGGUUCGUGUCGACGACGGCGGGGCCCGACGACGGCGGCGGCGGCGACCACCGUCGUGUCCGUACCCCGACCACUUGUUACGGACGGUCGCGCCACUACGGUUUCGGUGGGGGGGGGUCAGAGGGGAAAGAGGGUGAGUAGAGAAAUGAUAAUAAUAAUUAUUUUGUAUUUUCGACGGUGUAAUUUCACGUUUUGUGUAAUACGUCAAAUGGGCACAUACUUGUAUUUAUGUAUCGAUCACACAAUCCCACACGGGAGGUACGAGCGCAGCGAAAUAAUAAUUUGUCGUCGACGAACCAACGGCGUCGUUGUUCCUCCCGACGAGUGUAGGUGGGUUAGAGGGUAAUGCGAUGACGACGCGAAACCGGUACGACAUUAACCCCUAUUCCACUCGUACGUCCGUUAAGCGCGCAUCGUCAACCCUCUUUCCCGAUGCUGCCGCCACCGAUCGGGGCGAGCCGACGAAAAACGUCCGUCGAAUAUUCCGCGAUAAAAUAAAAUGAUUUAUUGCUUUUGUUUUGUUUCCCCCCCCCCGUUUCGUCCCUGUUUUCGUUUCGAAAUAAAAAUUCGUUUCGGUCCGGACAACGAGAUCUCUUUCGAAUUUGUGCGAUUCGGAAAUACACGAUAUCUGACAUCGGUGUACGUACCUGCGAUCUAGUCCCGUGUGGAAAAUAAAAUUCGUUUCGUUCCACGUACGUGCGCUUCAACGCCAUCUAUACGAGGUGUACAACGAUCGUUUCUUUACAGACGACCGGUAACUAGGUGGCGCUGCUGGUAUGCCACGGAGCGACACGGACGGGCCCAUAAUAUUAUAAUAAUAUUAUACGCAUAACAACGCCGUCAACUUAAAAUAAAUAUAUCUAGUCGCAUUUUUAAAUUGUAUUAUUACUAUAAUUUUUUUUUAAAGUUAUUUUUAUUUUCGUUCGGUGUUUAUUUAUACAUAAUAAUCUUAGUAUCGCGUUAUGAGUAUCGGUGAUUAUUAUAUGAAUGGAAAGUCCGGUAUCAGAUAACUUCAAAGAAACUCUGCAAUAAUACGACGCUCGUGCGAAAACCAUGUAAGAAUUUUUUUCCCCCCCUAAACGCGGCUAGUUUGUUUUAUUUAUAAUAUAUUACGGCUUAAAAUUAUUAUCUAUUUUAAAUAUUUUAAUUUAUUUGUCAUUGAUUAAUAUUUCAUUUUCGUUAUGAGUUCGGUAAAGUUGAUUAUAAUAAUUAUGUGCAUUCACAUUACCUACGAUCAUAUUUUAAAAAGAUUAUAAUAAAUAAAAUGUUACAAAUUAUGCAAUUUUUCGUAAUCGGUUACAUUAUCCAAACUUCAAGUAAAUUUUUAAAAUUGAAGCGAAAUGGUGAGCCACCUCUUUUCUCACAUUUCUGUUGUGAGCUUUACUAUAUUGUGUUACCGAAACAUCGUUUACCAGGCCAUUGAAUUUGGUAGAAUAGGGAAUGUGUUCUAUUUCAGAAGAGAUUUAUAUCGUCAGUAAUAUUCUUAGAUACUUGAAAAACAAAUGUAUAGAAAUAUUUUUUAUUAAGUUUUUAUGUCAUUCCCGAACGUUUUUUUUUUUGAAAAUAACCAAUCAUCAUCAAUCAAUAUCCAGAAGUUCUAAUAAUUGUGUACAUUGAAUAUCAUUUUGUAGGCACAUUGCAUUGUUAAAAUGUCAAAAAUGUUUUUUAUUUUUCUUUGCCAGUAGUUAUUAAAGUAGGACGUGUAUUUUUAUCGUAAAGUCCUAAAAAUAAAAUUUAAAUUAUCUGUAUGUAGGUAGUUUUCCCUCUCUUGAUUUUAUUAUUUUACUAAGAACGCGUUAAUAAAGCAUGGUUAAGUGUAUCGACUAGAAGAUUUUUAGUUUUAAUGUAAUAGCAGGAAAUAAUUAGAUAGAGAAUUUGUAUGCAAUUGCAUAUUAUUUACUUGUUAUUCUAAAUAAUUGUACAAUAUGUUAAGUAAACACGAAAUUCGUUGCGUGAUAUUGUGAUUCAAAAUACGAAAUUUGAAUUUAAUGUUUAAAAGAAUAAAAAUUGGUUGUUAUAGAGUACUUAUAUUUUCUAAUUUUUUUUAACAGCGUAUUUUGGUAAACAUUUUUUCGUAAAAUUCUGAGUGAAAUAUGUUUAAAGGUUUCACUUUGUAAUCGAUUAAACCCGUAUUGGACGUUUUGUUUACUGGUUUUUUGUAGAAACGUAGAACCGAGGAUAAAUUGAGAUUAUCCGAACAUACUGGGACCGCGCCUAUGUACCCAUGUACCUUCGGAUACUGGAAAUUGUUUAAAGAUAUACAAUUAUAUAUUAUAUAUUAUUAUGUAUUAAAUAUUUAUUAUUUUUGUAUUAGAAUUACAUUAUGUAUUUAGAAAUGUAUAAUCACAAAGUAGGUAAAUAGGAACAUCGUAUGUUUAUAUUUUUUUGACGAAAUUUUUUCAACGCGUAUUGGCGUUUGAUAAUCACAUCGUGUCUCGAUUAUCUACUAACGGUUAACACACGUGCAUACAUAAUAUAUUAUGUAUGAUGUAUGUUUAUAUAUGCAUGUACUAAUAAUAAAUUGUGACAAUUAUAAAAUCGGUUAGGCCAGGCCGCGGGUGUUCGAGUGCUUCAACAAGUUUUGACGUUCGGAUAACAGAGCGUCCGGACGCUAAUAUUGUAGUUUGGAUAAUAGAGGGGUUCAUGUAACGGAGGUUCGGAUAAUCGAGAUUCGAGAUUCUUCGGUAUUAUACAAAUCCGCGUUCUAAACUGAAAAUAAAUCACAGUAUUAAUUUUACUGGUGCAAUAAAAUAAUUGUAGGUACCCGUUAUUAUACAUUUUGUUUGUUGAUUUAUUUUAAUAGUUUAAAUAAUUAAUACUAGACCUUAAAUUUUAAGUACUAGUUGACUUUGUAUUGAAAUGUUACUACGGCACUAGUAUGAUAGAAAAUAUGUAUGAGGUAUGGGUAAAAAAGUUAAAACUGUUAAAAAAAUCUAAAAUGGUUCUAUAAUGAUUUAAAACAAACAAAACUAAAAUUCACCUAAAAUCCUCCUAGGUAAUUACUGCUUCAUUAUAAAAGAGCCACACUGUAUAUUUUAAAAACUAGUUUUAUGCCCGUCAUAUUAUGAUAGGUUAUAGUGGUUAUUGAAAUGUUUAAAACGACUAUUACUCAAUCCAAUUGUGACAAAUUCAUUGUAAAAAAUUUAUUCCAUAAAAGAUAUUGAUAAAUUAUAAAGAAUAACGAUAGGUAACUAUAGUGAAAUCGAAUUGAAUAAUUUUAUUAAUAUACCUAUUAAUGAUUUAAAUAAUCAAAUCGAAGUUUUAAUUAUUAUGUAACUAUAAUAGGUACCAAUAACUUUAGGCAAAGUUUACAAUCUAGAAAUAUUUCAUUUUUAUUUCGUUUCAAUUUUGUGCACAUAUUCUGUACUAAAUUUUCUACCUAUUUAUCAUUAUUAUUACAUAGUUUAAUCAAUUAGUUCAUUAAUUUUUUUUUUUUUUUUUUGUCAGCAGAAUAGCUUUCUGUUACUGAACAACAUGGGUAUUCAUGUUCCUUCUAUGACAACAGCGAACACAAGUAUGUCACAUGAAACUGGCAGUGAAUCAAGCGCUUGUAAAAGAAGAUUAUCUUCUUCAUUAGAUGAUCAUAUUCCCAAAAUAGCCAGACGUAUGAUCAAUAAUGAAGAUCUAUUACAAAAUGAACUUAUCGUUGAACAAUUGGACACAGCAUCUCGACUAGAUGAUGAGAUUGCAACCUCAUCAAUUGUAGCAGCCAUAGCAGCUGUAACUGAAGAUUCAGAUUGCAGUCUUGAGGACGAUGAUGAUGAAGAUGACGACGACGACGAUGACGAUGACGACGAUGACGACGAUGAUGAUGAUGAUGAUGAUGAAGACGAUAAUGACCAAUAUCUACCAGCUGGUAGUUUGUCCCCUUUAUCCACUAUGUCCUCAUCAAAUGGUAGCAGUGUAACAAAUUCUUCAAACUCAUCAUCUUUAUCAAAUUUAUCAUCAUCUCAACAUCAUACUCAGAACCAUUGGACCCAAAAUCAUCAACAACAACAAACUAUUAAAUGUGACACAAAUGGAAAGUGUUAUUUGGAUUUGGGUAGUGGUGGUAGUUGUAUAACUACAAUUCAACAGAGAACUAACAAUGAACCAGAGUGCUGUGAAUUGGGUCUUUGUGUACCAUCCACACAAUGUUACAGACGACGAAGAGCUGCAGUUUUUGAUGCUUCAAUGCGAAAAUUAGGAAAAUCAAGUGGAGGUUCUGGAAAUGGCAGUUCUCAACAAAGUUGUGAGACUGGACUACGGAGGUCUGUUCUUAUCUGUAAUACAUUGAGAUUGAUUGAACGUGAAAUGUCACGAGAAGCUGCACAAGCAGCACAAGCUCAACAACGUCGUUGUUGUACCCCAAUUACAUCAUCUGCAUCACAACAUCAUCAACGAAUUGAAGUCUCACAACCACAUAAUCAGAAUAAUAAUAACAAUAUCAAUAGACGAUCUCCAACACCUUACCCUACUGAAUACAGAAAUGGCCGAACAGAGAUGGCUGUUGAACAUAAUAGUAGCAGUAGCAGCAGCAGCAGUAGUAGUACCUCAGAUUCGAUAGAUUCUGGUGUGGAUGAUGAAUACUACUAUGAUGAGGAUGAGGACAUGAAAGAACAUCACCAUAGUCAUGUCCCAGGAAUGACAUCUAAUCUAGAGUUAAAUAAUCAUCAUCUUCAAUAUUAUCAAUUAAAUGGAAGUGUGGAAGAAUGUGAUAAUUAUCUUAUUUCAGACGAUUAUGAGGAGGAUGAUGAUGAGGAAGAUGAAGAAGAUGACAGUUCUAAUUCUCCACUUAUGGAAAAUCAAAUCUAUGAUGGCAGUUAUAAUAAUAAAAGACAUACAGAAUUGACUAUGGGGGGUAGCCAAUGUGACAAUAAUACUUUACCAUUAUUAGGUAAUAGUAAUACAACAACAGUUAUGUCCAUUGACUGGGGUUCAGUAUUAAGUUUGUCUUCAUCAAAUAGUACUAAUUCACAAUCAACUUCAUCGUCAUUAAUGAACAAUGUUGAGGAUCGCCAUGAUAUUUGUAACUCUAAUAUGGAUCGUAAGACACAACAGCACAAACGUAGGAAACGGCACCAUAAAAAUCAUUAUUACCACCAUAAUCAAAUCCAUAAUAAAUACAGACAUCAUCAUUCUCAUCACCAUCAAAGGUCCCAAAAACGUCGAGAACGUGGAAUAUCAGUAUCCAAAACUAAGACAUCCACCAAUUAUUAAGUUUAUCACUAUUCUUGUAAUAAAAAAACUACUUAAUAUCAGCAAUAAUAUGCUCAUUGGAUGUUGGAAACAAAAAUCAGAGCUAUCAGUGUUGUACCAAUAUAAUAAUGAUGUAUAUGAUACCUAGAUGUUUACACAUGUACCUGAUAGAUCACAUUUUUAUAUUGACUUAAUAAUUAUUAUACAUCUUUAAAGCUAAUAUGUCAAUAGCAACCAACAAUUAUGGCUGUGUUAUAUUAUAGCUAAUGGGCAGCUCAAUUAUUAUUAUUUUUUAAUUUUAUUUAAUUUUAAUGUAGGUUAAAUAAUUAUUUUAUUUUUUUUAGUUGAUGUAUAUUUAUGUGGUCAUAUAUAUUUUUUUUCAAAACAUUAACAAAUAUUAACAUUAUUAAAUUCUGCAUCAUGACACUUACAAUUACCUAAUUAAAUGUUUUAUUAUAAAUGCAUAUAUAUAUAUAUGUAUGAAUGUUAAUAUGUCAUAAAAUAUAUUAAGAGACUUGUUACCAUUUAAAAAGUUUUAUACAUAAUAGUAUAUAUAUAUUUAUAUAUAUAUUAUUAAUAUAUGUCCUACAAAUAAUUUCUAUUUUAAAAUGGUGAAAGUAAUGUAAAUUUCAUUACUUCAACAUUUUAAAUAAGUAAAUCUUUUUUUGGGAUAAUCUGUAUAUAUUUAUAUUAUUAUUAUUAAUAUUGUAUCUUAAUACUAGGUUAUACAAAUUAUAUAACGCAUUACAAUCAAUUGUUUUAUAGAAUAAGGAUUCAAGUAAAAGAAGAAAGAAAAAAGGCUUUAUUAGUGUUUUAUUGGAUAGGUACAUUUACUUUGAAACUUUUAUUUUGUUAACGAGAAACUUCAUUAUAUUAACUAAUUUGACCUAUUUUUAUUUAAAAUUGUAAGUAUGUAAAUGUAUCAUUAAAAUCCGUCCGUAGAUAAUGAAAUACAAUGAUAAAAACAGAAUAUUUAACACUGUAACUGAACAAAUUUAAGUAAUUUUAAUUAAUCGUUUAAAUAGUAUCAUUUUUAAAUUGAGAUCUCUUUUUUUCUUUUUGAAACUAUUAUUUUCUAAAUAGAAUAUGUGGUAUUAUGUAUGCAAUCAUUUUAUUUAUUAAGCAUUGUGGUUUUGGUUAAUACUAUACCUAAAUUUAAAGUUGUGUUGUCUACAAAUUCAAUUAUGUACUUAAUAUUUAAAUCACAGUAUUAUUUAUUUCAAUAAAAAAUUAUAUUCUAUGUUAAAAAAAAGCAAUAAUAAAUUGAAUACAUCUAUUUUAAGUUGAUUUUAUUAAUUUGAAUUGUCUUAUUGCACUGAUGUUUGUUAAUAAUAGUAAAAUAUUGUAUUAUAUUAAUAUUGAAGAGCUGCUCAAUGAAUCAAUAUUAGCAACAUUGUUUAUGAAAUUAUGUAAUUAAAAAUAUAUAUUGUAUAAAUUAAAUUAAUUAUAAGUAUAUAUCUUAUAUAAACAUGUAUAAAGUUAAAAAUCAUAAUGUUUGUUUAAUGAACAAAUUAUGUAUAUAUUAUAUGAUAUUGUUGUGGUAAUUUAUUGUUUUACCAUAAUCAAAAAUCGAAAUUAUAAUUAUUUUGUUAAAUAAAGGAUAAUAUAGGUUAUAUAUGUGAAAA